AACAUCCGGUUCCUCAGUGUCAUAUGACUAGGGCUCUGCUGUCAUUUAUCAGCACCAGCUAGAAAAGCACAUCGACCAACGUUAGCUGUCCCAGGUUUACUGUUCUUUAUCCGACGAUGGCAACAUUGGUGGCAAACAGGGCGAUGGACGUCAACGGCUUGGCAGCAGCUGCGAGGACACACACACAGGCUGUGACCAGAAAUUACAUCUCCCAACCGAGGCUAACCUACUCUACUGUGUCGGGUGUAAACGGACCCCUGGUGAUCCUGGAUAAUGUGAAGUUCCCCAGAUACGCUGAGAUCGUCCACCUGACCCUGCCGGACGGCACCAAGAGGAGCGGCCAGGUCCUGGAGGUGAUUGGAAGCAAGGCAGUUGUCCAGGUGUUUGAGGGAACAUCAGGCAUCGAUGCCAAGAAGACAGCCUGUGAGUUCACUGGUGAUAUCCUGCGGACCCCAGUGUCAGAGGACAUGCUCGGGCGUGUGUUCAACGGCUCGGGCAAACCCAUCGACCGCGGGCCCACGGUUCUGGCUGAGGACUACCUGGACAUCAUGGGUCAGCCUAUCAACCCUCAGUGCCGUAUCUACCCCGAGGAGAUGAUUCAGACUGGCAUCUCAGCCAUCGAUGGCAUGAACAGCAUCGCCAGAGGACAGAAGAUCCCCAUUUUCUCUGCUGCUGGGCUGCCCCACAACGAGAUUGCAGCCCAGAUAUGUCGCCAGGCCGGCCUGGUGCAGAAGUCCAAGGAUGUGAUGGACUACAGUUCUGAGAACUUUGCCAUUGUCUUCGCAGCCAUGGGGGUCAACAUGGAAACUGCCCGCUUCUUCAAGUCUGAUUUUGAGGAGAAUGGCUCCAUGGACAACGUCUGUCUUUUCCUCAACCUGGCCAAUGACCCCACCAUCGAGCGUAUCAUCACCCCUCGCCUGGCGCUGACUUCAGCCGAGUACCUGGCCUACCAGUGCGAGAAGCACGUCCUGGUCAUCUUGACUGACAUGAGCUCCUACGCUGAGGCGCUGCGAGAGGUGUCUGCGGCCCGAGAGGAAGUGCCCGGCCGUAGAGGCUUCCCUGGCUACAUGUACACCGAUCUGGCCACCAUCUACGAGCGUGCCGGCCGAGUGGAGGGCAGAAACGGCUCCAUCACCCAGAUCCCUAUUCUCACCAUGCCCAACGAUGACAUCACCCAUCCAAUUCCUGAUCUGACUGGAUACAUCACAGAGGGUCAGGUCUACGUUGACAGACAGCUGCACAACAGACAGAUCUACCCACCCAUCAACGUGUUGCCUUCACUGUCCCGUCUGAUGAAGUCAGCCAUCGGUGAGGGGAUGACCAGGAAGGACCAUGCUGACGUUUCAAACCAGCUGUAUGCCUGUUAUGCCAUUGGUAAGGACGUCCAGGCUAUGAAGGCUGUGGUGGGAGAAGAGGCCCUCACCUCGGAUGAUCUGCUCUACCUGGAGUUCCUCCAGAAGUUUGAGAAGAACUUCAUUGCUCAGGGCCCCUACGACAACAGGACGGUGUAUGAGACCCUGGACAUCGGCUGGCAGCUGCUGCGAAUCUUCCCCAAGGAGAUGCUCAAGAGGAUUCCUCAGAGCACCCUGGCUGAGUUUUACCCCAGGGAGUCUGCCGCCCGGCACUGAGGCCCACUAAGGGAUGUCCCGAUUCUAGUCCCAUUCAGCCUUUUACCCACCAACCUCCUCCCCCUUAAUUCCUUUCUCUCAUCCCAUCCUGAUCCUCACCUCCUCUUUCUCCACUGUUCUUAUUACCUCCAGUUCAUCUUCUUCUCAUGAACCAAGCCACCCCCACUCCCCUACCUGGAAUAAUCUCCCCCUUCUGUAGAUGUACUGUAGCGUAUACAUGUGUUCACAAGUUGCGUAUGGAAAGUGUCUGUGGUUGUAAUGUCUACCCCCUUGAUUGCAAAAAAGUGAACAUAUCCUUCAAAUUAUAGAUGAGUCCUUAUUUAUUGGGGUAUGUUACUGCUGGAGCCCCCUCUUCUUUUAAAAAUAAAUAAAUGCUAUGUAAUUUCCAUCUCCACUAAAAACAAGAGGUUUCCAGCUGAAGACGUGUGUGUGUGUGUAUAGAAGUUAGAUUACCCUCGCAGUCGGUAUGAGUUAGGUGAAGCUCAGGAAGUUGGGGUUUUUAUUGAGACUGUCACAGAUGUUGAUUUGACUUGAAUGUCAUUUUCUAAACUUUGAGUAAUUGCUGAACAAUACAAGCUUACAGCUUCACCAGCUGACCAUCAGAAUUGACCUGAGGGUGAUUUUAUAGUCGAGUACUUCUUUUAUUCUGUCCACGCCCUCCGUGUGGUUUAAUAAUAGGCAACUGCUGUAUUUUUUCAUGUCAGUGGCUUCAAGUUGGCUGUAACUGACUGUGUCAUGUCCCCAUUCUCCCCAUGCUGAGGACCACCGCUGACUGUCUGUUUCCCCUAGUACGCUGACCCUCUCUUCCCUACUCUGGAAAUAAUACAGUGGAUGUUUACAUUAUUUGUGUUUUGAUGUUUGAUUUGUGCUGCGAAAGUUGAAUAUAUAAGAUUAUAUUAAACAUUCCCGUCUGUCUGCAGGAACUAAUUCUUUGUUGUGCAACAAUAAUGGUUUUGUGAGGUCAUGUCUAUGAAUAAAUUAAAUUAUGUGAG